GGCGCCGCAGCGUCGCAGCAAGUUGUGUUACUUGUGUACGGUACUAUGUACGGCCACACCCCUGCACAUGCACCCGAAUGCCAUGCGGCAAACUGACACAAUUCAUGAAGCACCGGACCCCGGCCUGCAAGACUUAGCAAGAGAUGAAGUCACAAGGCAUUCAAUCUCGCGGAGGUGUCCCCACAAAACACUCAAAAAUUGAUUUGGACAUCGACCAGGAAUGGGGUAACAUAUAUCGAUCGCAUGCCGUCUACGGGAAAUAUCCGUCAUAAUCCAUGCGCAAGCCGACGACGAUCAUUUGCCAAGCCCAUCAUGGGACCGAAAUGUUUCUCUCCUCAAUUUUCGUGGAAUAAGCCUCGUUCGAACUUCGGCAGCGUAAACCGUAGAGCCUCAUCAUCAAUGGAAACCCAUUGUGAGGUUGUGAGGGACAUCCGGCAGAGCAGGCCCUGGAUUAAGUUGCCCAUACAGCGCGAAAAGAUGCUACCUUUUUCUUUCGCUCGCUGGUUGGGGGGGGGGGGGGGGGGGGGUCGUAACGCACGUCUUUCGAGAAGAGUGACGUUAUGGUUGGAGAUGGCCCACACUUUCUGCGCAAUCGAGGAAUUGAUCUUGAGGUAUACGGUUAUACCCAUCGUUUUCCACGCUGAUCCGCUCCAGUACCCAUCUGCAGAGCCGGUGAAUCUGCCUGCGUUCCAGUGUCUCCUCAUUGAUGCCGUACGUCGUGUACGUGAGAACAUACUCGUCCUGAUAGCCACCGAUGCCGAUGCGUGGGCUGCUCCUAGCCCUCAUUCAAAAUCCACGAGGAUUCUCUACGCAUUCCUGCCAUCAAAAAUCGUCGCCUCGUCCUUCUUUAGAGCGCCGUCGCGAAAGCCCCGGCCAGCAGUUUCAUUUGCAGGCGAUAGACCUCGCUGAUUACCUCUUUCUCUCCUAGUCCGUGGGAUGAAGGCGGCUCUUGACCAAUCAGCCACGCUUGUGCACAUGGACAUCGGUUUUGGCGCCUGCUGGGUUUAUUGGGUUUAUUGAUGCUGAAUCUUCUUAGAUCGUCUGAGACGGCCGCGAGAAAGAACUUGGUUCCGGCUCUACACCUUUUGACAUUAUGUGAAGCGCACCGGUCGAAGCUCGUUGAGGUCUCCAUAUGGGCAACCUCCGGUCUCUACUGCGUCUGUUGAAGUGCACGCAGAACGUUCCGUCCCACAGCGCGCAGAUGCGGGGCCAAUACUGCCAACGGGGAGACUAUAUGAGCAUGGGCACCACAAGUUCACAACGCGUUUUG